ACCCAAACAUUAUCGUCCACAUCUAUAGUCCACAUCUAUAGUAUCCGCAAUUGACGCAUCUGACGCUUUUCAUCGGCCUGGCCACACCAUAAUCCCUCCAAUGAGGGACAGGUCGAAGCCAUGGCUUACCCUGAGCGUGGUCGAGCUCAACCAAGGCUCGAAGAAGCAGCAAACUCCAACUCCAACUCCCUCGACGAACAUGAGCUUUUACGUUCAUUAAAUAAGCUGGCUCUUUCCACCUCACCUACGAAUUCUACAACGAGACCUUCGGCAUUGCGCAUUUCCCCCUCUCCAAAUCUGAACGAACAAGCGAAUCAUACAGCUCAAAGAUUGUCUUCUGUUUCCCCUAGCGCUAGGGCGCCCUCUCGAAGUCCCGUAGGCAGAGUCAACUCGAGCGGAUUCAAUUCACUGUCCCGAUCAUCAACACCCACCUUGUUACGAAAGACCUCAAUGAAUUCCCUACACUCUUCCAACGGGAUUGCCCCGAGUCGCGCGCCCUCACGGCGAAGUAGCUCCAAUCACCUCUCGCCAAACGGUCCUAGGUCCCCUAGGUCACCAUUUAACCUGGCAGAGUUCAGGGAGAAGCCCGUGCAUACUGCCUCUUCUGUAGCAAGGACGUAUAUGAAGAAAGAGCUGGAAUUGCUCCACAGUGAAUCGACAACCUACCGUCCAGAAACCAUUGUCAUUCUAAAUGAUGCAUGCUAUGGACAUAGAUAUUCGAGACCUCGUGCCACAAAGGGCGACCUGAAUAGCAUUGUCGAACGACCCGAGAGAAUCCAAGCGUGUGUUUUUGGUAUAUCGAUGGCAUAUGUUCGACUCGGAGAACGACACUGUGACGGAAGAUACCCCCUUUACCCCGAGCUCGACCCCCUGUCGCUUCCCAAUGUCCCUUUUCAUAUCCGCAAAACCGACCGCACCCUUGCAUUGGACUCCGCAGCCGUAACCAACGUUCAUGGAACAAAGUGGAUGGAAGAACUCAAAAUCAUGUGCGAAUCUGCCGGAUCGAAUCUUGCUCUUAACACGAAUGAGUUACGAAGACCCGAAAUGAAUAGGGGAUCAAAUACAACUCUGCCUCAGGAGCUUCACAAGGGAGACCUGUAUCUAUGCUCGGAGUCCCUGAACGCAUUUGAAGGCGCUCUCGGUGCCGUUUGCGAAGCUGUCGACGGAGUUUUUAAUGAUUCGCCGUACAAACGUGCCUUUGUCGCUGCACGCCCUCCUGGCCAUCAUUGCUCCGCAUCCCACCCUUCAGGUUUCUGCUGGGUAAAUAACGUACAUGUCGGUAUUAUGCACGGGUUUAUGAAUCACGGAUUGACACAUGCCGCAAUAAUUGACUUCGAUUUGCAUCACGGAGAUGGUUCCCAAGCCAUCGCUUGGGAUCACAACAAGCGUAGCUUCACAGCAACCAAGAAUAUGUCGGCAUGGAAACGAACGUCUAUUGGAUACUUCAGCCUUCACGAUAUUAACUCCUAUCCAUGCGAGUACGGUGAUGAUGAGAAGGUUAGAAAUGCUAGUGUCUGUGUGGAAAAUGCGCAUGGGCAAUCGAUAUGGAACGUUCAUCUACAAGAAUGGAAGACGGACGUAGAGUUUUGGAAGUUGUAUCAAUCCAAAUAUUCGAUUCUCUUGGAAAAAGCUCGCAGUUAUCUCCGGACGCAGACCGAACGAUAUCGCGCUUCAGGUCAGGUGCCUAAAGCCGUCAUCUUUCUGUCCGCUGGCUUCGAUGCGAGCGAAUGGGAAAGUGCUGGGAUGCAACGGCAUAAGGUUAAUGUUCCAACCGAAUUCUAUGCUCGUCUUACUCGAGAUGUGGUUAAGCUCGCAUCUGAAGAAGGACUCGGUGUUGACGGUCGAGUUAUCAGUGUGCUCGAGGGUGGGUAUAGCGACCGGGCCAUAUAUUCAGGUGUUCUCAGUCAUCUAAGUGGCUUGGCCGGUGACGAUUCCGCUGCAUUGAAGGCAGAUGUUCCCACUGGACUCAACUACGAGAUGGGUGGUAGGGUCAGUUCGCUCAGUAGACGAAACACCUUGACUGGGAUGGGCAUUGCAGGCUUUCCGUAUGAUCCAAAUUGGUGGUCUGGUUCCGAACUUGACCAAUUUGACGCCUACAUGAGCGCGCCGCCUAAAGAACCGCCGAAGAAGCCGCGAACUUUUGUAUCUGGGAAUUAUUCCUCCCCGACACAAGCAUCAAGCGCGAAGGCAGUCGAUCCCAGCAAAGUCAGACGAAGUAUGUCAGGAUACAAUUUGCAGUUAUCUGUUUCUCGACCCCCGACUCCACCUCUACCCGAUGUUCCUUGGACAGCUGCAGCUCACGAGCUAAGCAAACUGCUUAUUCCGAGUGACCGCCCGAUCAGCAGCCACAAAUUUGAAGAGCUAAAUGCUGGAGCUAAGGCCAAACGUGAACGUCAAUCCCUUCCUCAGAGCGGCUCAACUAGUGAUGAUGCAGCUUCGACCAUAUCUUCGGCCACCGCCCCUGUAAGGAAAUCUCAACGGGAGAGAAAACCGGUUAAAUAUACAGAAAUCGACGAGCCCAAGAUAACACGUAGGAAAACGGUUGGGAGCUCGUCAAUUCUCGCCACAGAGAAGGCUCUCGCUCGCGGAAUCCCUACACAAAAUGGCUCAGGGCUACCUCGAAACCUAAGUGCGGCAGGUACAAUGGGUGACGCGUCUGGUGCAAUGAUGAGGCCUACUACCUCGCAUAGCAUUCGCCCGGAGUCAUCCAUAAGUGUUCGAACUCAGGCACCUACUGCGUUAAAUGUGAGAAGGACCAGACCAGCACCGCCAAUUAAAAAGGAGAGUGCUCGAGUACCAAGAAAGGCUACAAUCCCAGACAUCAAAACGGAGAGUGCUUCCCAGCCUCCUAGAAAAGAACCUCCAGUCAGCGUACCAGAGGAAUCAGCAGCGACUGCGAAGGAUUCCACAGCCGACAUAGAAAAUAUAACUGGUGGCAUGAAAAGAAUCAAAAUUAAUGUAAUCACUAAGGAGAAGAAAGAAGCUAGGCAGAAAGCCGAAGCUGAAGAAAAGGCAAGAAAAGAUAAUCAAGCCAAGGAGGAGACGAACAGAAUGGAAGGAACUAAAAUUUCCGAUUCUGCUAAUGGAAUAUAUCCUUCGCUUCCAGUUGCGAAUGGAAGCGAACGCAAAAUUACACCGCCCCUGCAGCGCCAUUUACAGCCUAAAGCUGUAAAUGGCGACCAAAGAGUUUCAAAGUUGGGCACAGGGUUGUCUAAAGUCUUACCUCUCAAACCAGAGAUUGAACGAUCCGAUUCAACGAACGUACCGACGACUAUCUUGACACCAGCAGAGCCUGACCAAAUAAAGCUCCCCUCAAGUCCUCCAGCACAAGUCACUCCAGAAAGUGAAAAGACAACUGCCAUGCAAAAUCAACGUAAUGGACAGCUUGCAGAUGCGGCUACGUUUUCCAGUCCGGUUCGUGUCCCGGAACCUAUUACAAGUCCACCGGCUCAACAGAAUGGAUCUCGGCUUCCUACGUUGAGCGCAUCGUCAGUCCCAUCGAGCCCAGCUCGAAACAGUGGACACGGGUUUACCUCCACGUCAAAUAUACCCUUUGCUCCUCAGUCCGCCCAAAAGUCUCGGAUAAAGCCGAGAAGUAGUGUUCCAGCUCAAGCACGACCUCGAAACAACGACGAGAGAAAUGUCUGGGAGAUACCCGAGACACCACAACACUUUUAAUUCGUAUGGUGGGAUAUGCAGUUCAGCAGAACUAUAUAAACCAUCGGGCUAGUAGAGUCAUUGUAUGGACCCGUCGGUUUAACGGGACAUACCUAGGUACGUGUAGUAUAGGGGUACUUGAGGAGAUGGCGUUUUAGGGACUUGGUUUUUUCAGUUCCACUGUUGAGAUAUU